GCCGGCCUCGCACGGAUGAAGACGUGUGUCCCGCUCGCAAAAAUAACACGAAAAUAUAUAUAAAAUUAGUGAUGUAGUUGGUGCAUACUUUCAUAUAUUUUUAGUUGCCAAUCUAUUUAAGUAGAUUGGCAAUUUCAAUUUCAAGUAAAGUAGGUAUGUUGUGAAAAACAGUAUUUAUGAUUAUGUAAAGAAGUGAUGUCAAUAUUAAUUUAAACACACAAAUUCAAUACAAAUACACUCAUUUGCAUAAAUAUUAUAUAGUAGUGGACCUAUAGUGCGCCUUGUGGUACCCCUAAACUAUCAGCAUGGCAUCCUCGAACGGUAGGGAGAGUGCGAAAGUGACCGCUUCGAUGGAUAGUUUAAAAGUUUCGAGUAAGCACACAUCGAAACAUGCUUCAUCAGAAUCAGUGCUGUCGAAGAAGGAUAAGGAAUGCUUGCAGAUGCAAGAGUGUAAGAAGAAGCUAUUGGCGAUGGAGCCGCAGAUUAUAAUCCGAGAUGAGAACGUUGUGUUACGGUCACCGCCGCAGAAGAAGAUCGUGAUGCCGCCGCAAAUUAAUCCAGAGGAGCUAGCAGCGGCCACUCCCACGCAAAGAAACUGGCGCGGCAUCCUCAUCGCGCUCCUGGUGAUAGCAGCGGUGCUUGGGCUGAUCGUCUUCAGCAUAGCACUGCUCACCCCUGCGGGGGAUGACGGCCGCGGGAGGGGCAGGCGGCCGACCCUCGCGGAUGUGCUGGUGGACCAUUACACGCCGUUCAAUGGGACUUGGCUAUCUGAUGAGGAGCUGGUGUUCAGGGACAGGUGGGGCGGGCUGACGCUGUUCAACGUAAAGAACUUUACCACCAGGUUGCUUAUGAACAACUCUACAUUCAGGGAGCUAAACGCAGUGGACUUCAAGGUGUCAGCCGACCUGAAGUUCGUGCUCCUAAUAUCAGAUGUGAGGCCGGGCUGGAGGCACGCGCGACUCGCCAGAUACCACGUGUACGAUGUUAUCACAAGAAAUCGUAUCCCAGUGUCCCCCAUAGAGGACGACAGGUCUGCUCCCCUCCUGCAGUACGCGGAGUGGGCCCCAGUGGGCUCCGGUUUGGUGUUCGUUCACGAUAAUGACAUCUACUACAAGCCGAAAGUGCUGAAGGCACUGGUUUGUAGGAUAACUAGCAAUGGGGUACCUGGUGUUAUCUUCAACGGAGUACCGGACUUCCUGUAUGAGACCGAGGUCCUCCGGCUGGACCGCGCCCUCUGGUUCAGCAGUGACGGCCAGACCCUCAUGUACGUGACGUACAAUGACACCCUGGUGCCGGAGUAUAAAUACCCAUGGUAUGGGUUUGACCAGCCGGAACCGCCGCCCUACCCGGUUAUACGAACCUUGCGGUAUCCACAGGUGAACACAAACAACCCGGUAGCGACGGUGUAUGUGGUUAGCCUGAGGACACCCAAGUUCCUGUUCCCACACGCUAUACAAUUCUCCUCCCAAAUUGAUAAAGGAUGGUACGUCCGCUGGUCUAGCUGGAUAUCGGAGCGGCAGAUCGGCGUGCUGUUGCUGAACCGGCCGCAGAACGUCUCCAUCAUCAGCAUCUGCAGCGCCGUGCAUUAUAACUGCCAGGAUAUUUACCGCGACGAGACAGACGGGACGCGCUGGUCCGGCCUCGGCUCUGAGCCGUCAGACGAGGAGUGCGGCUGGUGCGGCGGCGGCGCGCUCAUCGGCGGCACCAGCGGCACCAGCGGCUCCAGCGGCUCCAGCGGCGUGUUCACCACCGCGCCCGUCACUGACCAUGGCGGCCUGUGGAGACACGCGGUGCACCUCACACAAGAUACGAGAACCACGCUUACGCAGGGCAGCUUCGAAAUCACGCAGCUGGUCGGCUGGGAUGAGAGGAGGAGGUUUUUGUACGUGCUUGGCACGGCGGAGGAGCGCGCGGGCGACCGGCACCUGUACCGCGUGUUGGUGCCGCGAGACGGUUGGCCCGCCGCGCCCGCCUGCCUCACCUGCGGCCCGCCGCCGCUCGCCGCGCCGCCCACGGACGCGCCGGUAACAGAAUACGACAACGUGACGUCAUCGUUCCCAUCAUGGCCGACGUCGACGGUGUUGCCGCACGUGUCGGAUGAGAACGACUCGCUGCCCACUGAGUGUCUUUACAAUAGAGUGAUGUUUAGCAAGAACUUCUCAUAUUAUGUGCAGGAGUGCUUGGGUCCUGGACCGCCAGCAACGUUCCUGUGCAGCGCGCUGGGUACAGCCGGCGCGGGCGUGGCGGGCGGGGCCGGCGCGCGCCUCGCCGUGCUGCACGACGGCGCGCCGCUGCGGCAGCACGUCGCCUCGCUGGCGGCGCCGCACGCCAAGGUGUUCCGUGUUGAGGUGCAAGCGCACCGCGAGGCUCGCGUGCGGCUGCUGCUACCACCCGGCCUGCGGGAGACCGACGACCUGCCGCUGCCUCUAGUUUUACAUGUUUCAGCGGAACCGGGCGGGCAGCUGGUGACGUCACGGUGGCGCGCGGGCUGGGGCUGGUACCUCGCCGCGGCGCGCAACUUCAUUGUCGCAGAGAUUGACGCGCGCGGCUCCGGCGGACAGGGUGAAGAGUUACGCACGGAAAUCUAUCAAAAACUACUUUCAGUGGACGUAGAAGAUCAAAUAGCCGUUUUAUCGUACCUCCGCGACAACCUGAAGAUGGUGGACGGCACGCGGGUGGGCGCGUGGGGCGCGGGCUACGGCGCCGCCGCCGCGCACGCGCUCGCCGCCGGCGACGCGCGCAACCUCACGCGCUGCCUCGCGCUGCUGGCACCGCUCGCCGACCUGCGCCACCACAACUCGUUCUGGACGGAGCGGUACGGCGGCGGGGCGAGCGGCGCGGGCGCGGUGUGGCGGCGCGCCGGCAACCUGCCGCCGCGGCGCGUGCUGCUCGCGCACGCGGGCGCCGACACGCGCGCUCCGCCGCAUCAUGCGCUCGCGCUUGCGCACGCGCUCGUCCGCGCACAAGCGCUCUACACGCAUCACGUUUACCCGGACGAAGGGCACAACUUCGAGAAGUCCAAGCUCCACCUCCAUAGGACCAUGGAGCAGUUUUUUGACGAGUGCUUCGGACCGGUCGAGCUCGCCGAUUGGGACGCGGGAGUAGAGGGUCUAUUCCCUUUCAGGGACUAAUGUGGACAAUGCAAUAAACUCCUAAUGCUGGAUGCAAUAAAUUUGUUUUGUAAAUAACAGUACGAUAGGCGGAAAGUACAAAAUGGAAAAACUUUUCCAUUGCAAUAUUAAUGAAUAGCCUCAUGUUAAAUUUCUGGAUGGAUCUGAUUGAAAAAAAUGUUUGAAACGAAACAUAUUACAUAAAAACUGGAUGUUGAACACGAUAUUUCCAUGCAAUAUUACAUAUUUCAAUCUAGAAACGGAAUGGAAUAAACAAAUUAUUUGUCUAUAUUAUUCCCGGACAUUUCACAAUAAUGUAGUCGUAAACAAAUCAAAUCUGAAACUUGAACGAAUUAAGACAAUGUUACCGAUGCAAAAAAAUAAUGAUUUAUAAUGCAUUCAAUUAUCAAUGCCUAUUUUAUACAUAUUCCCGGACAAUGCAAGACUCAAUCGAUCACACUCUAAGAAAAUCGUGAAAAUCGAGAUAUUUUUUAUCGCUGAUAAUACAUAUAGUACUUAAUACGGAAAAUGAUAACAAGUUAGAAAAAUUGUUCCCCGCUAAAAUCUCUUCUUUUUUUUUAAUGACAUAUUGAAUGAUGAUAUUUGCCUGCCAUGCCCUUAAAGGAAAAUCGAUCACUUCCUUGUGUGGAAUGGGAACAUGCAUUUAAUAUUUAUUACAUUUUCCACAUCCUACAUAAGACGAAAUAAUUAGAAAAUUGAACUAUCAAUUCAUAUCCGAAAAUUUUAAUCUAUUUUAUGGCUGGCAACAUUCACAACCAUUUAAAGUCGUUUUCGACUAAAGGACUUAUCUAUCCAUGAUCAUAAAGUAAAUGAAAAAAAUAUAUGUAUCAUUCUAUGAAUACAUAAUCCGAUAUAUAUAUAGAUAUAGUAAUUAAUAAACUAAUCAAGUAAUUUCUAAAAUAUAAAAUUGAACACACUCAAAUAUACAUUUUCAUCACAAGAAUUUCAAUCGAUUGACGUUCUUGGGAGUUGUGAUUUCAUUCCAUCUUGGAAUCUGGAGUAGUACCUCCCUGUCAAGGACCUAUUCUGUAGAAAAUAACUUUUUAUGACAUGCGAAUAAUGCCCGAAACUAAUAUAUUUCGUAGUCCCCACACAGAAAAAGAUAAUCAUCUUAGAUAAUUAAAAAAAUAUCAAAAAUGAUAUAAAAAUUAACACAAUAUUUAUAAGAAUGGACCGUAUUUGCAGAUUGUCUGUUUGUCAUUAAUUGUUGUAGAGUUUGUCAUAGCGAAUUAAAAAUAUAUUAAAGAAGAAUGAAGAUCAAUGAAGGUCUUCGAUGUAAUUCAUUCAAAAGUAUUUUGUGAUCACUGCACCAGACUCAUUUACAAUAUUUAUAAUAGAUUAUUAUAAAAUAAUGGUGCAUAUUUAUUAUAUUUGUUAUACAUAAGCCUAAAUACAUAUUUUAUUAGAUAAAUUAAUUGUAAAACAAUUGAGAUGUGGAUUUGAAUGUUUUACCUUGAUGUAUUACCUAUUGUUAGUUAUAAA